CGUCUUGUGCAUGUAGCUCUGUCUACAACCUUUUAAAGGGCGCACUUCACACGUUAAGACGGCUUCUCUUCAUUCACUUUAAUGGGGACUUCGACAUUAAGCAGGGAAAAUGCCUGUGAUGAAGGGAUUACUAGCACCGCAGAACACCUUUCUGGACACUAUAGCAACACGCUUUGAUGGCACUCACAGCAACUUCAUUCUGGCCAACGCUCAGGUGUCCAAGGGCUUCCCCAUCGUCUACUGCUCAGAUGGCUUCUGUGAGCUCACAGGCUUCUCCAGGGCCGAAGUCAUGCAACAGAGUUGUGUGUGUAAGUUUCUCUACGGCCCCGAGACCAGCGAAAGUAUCAUCAUCAGCAUCGACGAUGCCUUGGAGGGGCGCAAGGAGUUUAAGGACGAGAUCAUGUUUUACAGCAAGACAGCUGUGCUCUUCUGGUGCCUGUUGGACAUUGUACCAAUUAAGAAUGAGAAGGGAGACGUGGUGCUCUUUCUGGCUUCAUUUAAGGACAUCACUGACAUUAAAGCCAAAGCCAUUCAGGAGGACAAAAAGGAAGAGCGGCGGCGUGGCAGGAUCAAAACAGGCUCUCCUCUCAGCUCUGCUCGUAUGCGGAGCAGCACCGUGCUGUACCACGUCUCUGGGCACCUCCACAGCAGAGAGAAGAGCAAAAUUAAGCUCAACAAGAAUGUAUUUGGCGACCCUCCCGCCCUGCCAGAGUACAAGGUAGCAGACGCCAAAACGUCCAAAUUCAUCCUCCUGCAUUACAGCACGUGCAAAGCCGGCUGGGACUGGUUGAUCCUGCUCGCCACGUUCUACGUGGCCGUGACCGUGCCGUACAACGUGUGCUUCAUCGGCGACGACGACGACCUCACUCGCAGCACGACCGUCAGUGACAUCGCCGUGGAGAUUCUCUUUAUCCUGGAUAUUGUUUUCAAUUUCCGCACCACCUACGUCAGCAAGUCAGGCCAAGUGAUCUUUGACGCUCGGCAGAUUUGCUUUCACUACCUGACCACCUGGUUCAUCAUCGACCUGGUGGCCGCCUUGCCCUUUGACCUGCUCUAUGCCUUCAAAGUCAGCGUGGUGUCUGUGGUGCACUUGUUGAAAACGGUGCGCCUGCUGCGUUUGCUUCGCCUCCUCCAGAAAAUGGACCGCUACUCGCAGCACAGCACCGUGGUUCUGACACUGCUCAUGUCCAUGUUCGCCUUGCUGGCCCACUGGAUGGCCUGCAUCUGGUACAUCAUCGGUAAAAUGGAAAUGGAGGCCAACGCCUCCAACUGGGAUAUUGGAUGGCUGCACGAGCUGGCAAAGCGUCUGGAGUCGCCGUACUACCCCGUCGGCAGCGUGAACAACGCCACCAGCGGCCCCCCCAUCCGCAGCGUCUACGUCGCAUCUCUCUAUUUCACGCUCAGCAGCCUCACCAGCGUAGGCUUCGGCAACGUGUCGGCCAACACUGACGUUGAGAAGAUCUUUUCCAUUUGCGUCAUGCUUAUAGGAGCUCUGAUGCACGCAUUGGUCUUUGGCAAUGUGACAGCCAUAAUCCAGAGGAUGUACUCCCGCUGGUCCCAGUACCAUACCAGGACCAAAGACCUCAAGGACUUCAUCCGAGUUCAUCAUCUGCCGCGCAGCCUGAAGCAGCGAAUGUUGGAGUAUUUUCAGACAACCUGGUCAGUCAACAACGGCAUCGACUGUAAUGAGCUGCUAAAGGACUUCCCGGAUGAGCUACGCUCUGACAUCACCAUGCACCUUAACAAGGAGAUCCUGGAGCUGUCCCUGUUCGCCUCCGCCAGCCGGGGCUGUCUGCGCUCUCUGUCGCUGCACAUCAAGACCACCUUCUGCGCUCCCGGAGAGUACCUCCUCCGAGAGGGCGAUGCUCUGCAGGCCAUCUUCUUUGUGUGCUCUGGGAGCAUGGAGGUCCUGAAAGAUGGCAUGGUGUUGGCAAUUCUUGGUAAAGGGGACCUGAUCGGGGCAAACGUGUCCUUAGACGACCGAGUGAUAAAAACCAACGCGGACGUGAAAGCGCUGACCUACUGCGACCUGCAGUGUAUCAACUUGAAGGGUCUGUAUGAGGUGCUGGACCUCUACCCGGAAUACUCACAUCACUUUGUGCAGGACAUCCAGCAGGAUCUCACCUACAACCUGCGGGAGGGACAAGAGACACAUGUGAAGGCCAGACUGUCCACAGCAGCGCAUGAUCCUCAGUCAGGUGUGAAAAGGAACGGCCGACUUGUUCAGGGUUGCGCGCCUCUCGCCGCGGCCCAGGGGGGACAUGACAAGGACAAGAGGGAGGAUGAUGAUUGUCUGUCAUCGGCGCAGAACAGAGCAGUGACCCUCAGGGGCGCCGGCGAGUCGUCUCCUGUCGGCCCACCCCAUCAGGGAGGCACAGGACAGAGCUCUGACAAAUGUGGCAUGAUGAGCCAGGAUAUUACACUGGUUACUUUGGACCCUUCCAACCUGAGCCCCAGGAUAGUGGACGGAACAGAGGAAAAUGGGGAGACAGAAAGUUCUUUACCCUUCCGUGGCUUCUCUUCCAACUGUGGUUGCCAUGACAAUGAUCCCACCAGUGCCUCAGCAUCCACCACAGCCAUGCCACACAUCAGCACGGCGGAAUUAGCGGCAAAAGCGGAGGAGACCAGAGGACAACUCCGACACCUCAACCAACAGGUGCUGAGCCUGGGCAGGGAAGUAGCAGACCUUGGCCAGGUGAUGAAGAGGAUGGCCCAGCUCAUGGAGACCCUAAUGUUAUCCGGGCCCCAAACAACAGUGGUGUGCCCCACACAUCGCUCCCCACCCCACGCUAACCCGCCUCGGUGCUGCCCUUCCCCACCCACGUGUCGGACUCCCUCCAUCUGGACGGACACACCCAUGUCGCUGCCCCCCUCUCGGUCCAUGACCCCCUCGCAGCACGUGGACUCCCAUGCGCAUAGACCCCGGGACCUUCAGCUCGGGUACGCCACCCUCCCCUUUCAAACGCAACCCUCCUCCUCCAUCAUCGCUGAGGUUCGCCUGACUUCCUCGCCCCAGAGCUCACCAGAGACUUACCAAUGUAAGGACGGGUUUUCUACCUCCAUCAGGUCAAGGUCACCUCCGCAGGACGGGAAUGACGCAAGCCCUCAUCGGAGCUCCGGGUGCUCCCCUCAGUGUGGACUUGUGGAGACCUACCAGAACCAAACUUUGUAGUAGGCCUGCAUCUGAAGUCUGCUUGCCUUUUUUUCUAUAGACCUUUUUGGGGAAUGAUCACAUCAUUGGAUGAUAUUUGCAGGGAUGCAAGAUCACUCUUGCUUCAGAGACACGCAAUGAAAAUCAAUUGCAUGACAACAAAUUAGAUGUGUUAGCGUUACCUUAUAGCAUUUUGGUAGUUAUCAAGACAGGGUUUAAAGGUUUCUGGCAAACAGCCAAACCCAUCCCUCCCUUCUGCCACCCAACUACCCCUGAGGCACCUUAGCAAUUUUUAAAAGCAAUAGACACACAGUAAGUCUUUAUCUUAUUAAAAGUCCAAUUUCUAGUACUGUACGCAUGGGAUUUAUUUUUGGACUUCAAGGGUUUGUAGCUUUUUCAGGGCCAAAAUGAUACAGGUAAGUUCCCAAAGGAUAUGAAAAAACAAGGAGCCAUUCACAGGAUGAGAAGUCUUUUGUCGUGGAGGUGGGCUUCGGUGACGACAGCCAUCUCCGCCCAACCCUUUGUUUGCCCAGCCCUCCUGUUCUUACUCGGCUUUUGCGGUUCUCUUUUCCAAGCGCCACCCCUGAUUGGUCGUGGUUAUCCAAUGGUGUGAGGAACAAGAGGCUGGACAUAUCGUGCCCUUUACCACUGGUCCUCAGGGAAGGGGGAGUUGGGUCGUGGGUUGGAGAAGGGUUGGGGGUGCCGGCCACGGUCGGCCUCGAGCAACUCGGGCCGUGCUGUCGUCUGUCACACUCUCUGGCUCUUAUCUGAUAUUACCCCACUUUACCAUCACUGCCUUCCUUCCUUCCUUCCUGCCUUCCUUCCUUCCUUCCUUCCUUCCUUCCUUCCUUCCUUCUCUCCGCAUGCUUGUCCGAGCACUUUUUGAGUAGUUCCUGUAGAUGCACAUUAACAUGCCGCAUGUCUCUUUGUGGAAAUCCAGCACGCCAUUUAUCCUUCCAGUUAAAUGAAGCACCAACCUUGACAUUUACUGAUGCAUAUUUAUUGGAUGUGGUUUCACUCUGAAACAGCCAGGUAAUUUAAGGCAUAAAGUAUUCAGAUGCAUCCUUGUUGUAAAGUGGCUUGGAGCAGACUGAUAAUAAAUUGAUUCCUGGUCCAUGUUGUAGGCCAUUUCCCUGAUUCUGAUCAAGGGUGCGAGAUUCAAUUUUUCACAGGUGAAGAGCGAAGGCAAUAUUCCCAUAUAAAUGCACAAUAUUUAAGACUUUUAAGGCUUUUAUAUUUAUAUGAAUGUAUCGAAACAAAAUGUGUAUUUUUUUACCGCAAAGAAUGCAAGGUUUUAGGAUCGCGGUUCUGUAUACGAGGUAGUGCCAGCUGUGUUUCGCGGCACCAGCAGGGUCCGAAACAGGAAAAGGUCCUGACUCUCAUCCCAGCAGAUCUACUGAUGUUUUGCAUUAAUGUACAGUUGGUUGGAUUAAGAUAAUCUGCACAUGGAAUGUACUGGAAUUAAUUGUUU